AUGGCCAACGCCGGAAUCUUCCUUGUGCUCCUGGCGACGCUGGCAGAUGCAUUCAGCCAAUUCGCUUUUCCAGGACAGAGGUUCGGUGCCUCUUCUGCCUUUGACCCGUUUGGACAUAGCGGAAUCUAUGAUCACCACAACAUUUAUGCCUUUGAGGAGCCGCACUUGCCACCCUGUCCAACUUAUCGACCGAUCGAGCUGAGCGAAUGGGUCAAAGUUCCUGGAGGCUACAAGAUGUACGCUUCUCUCCCAGGCGUUCGACCAAGUGACCAACGAGCUCAGCUUUCAUCCGAUGGCCAAACCAUAGAUAUCCUGGGGUUCCGGCAGGUUCCGAAGCGUGGACAUGCAUGGGCUCACGAAUGCCUCCCGCGGAAUGCCAAGCUCAGUCGUGACAGUCGGUUUGAGAUCUUGGAAGCAUCUGCGAGAGUGCCAUUUGGUGAUAUUUCAAGGGCGACGAUGCGGCAGACAGGGUAUGGCCUGGAUAUCACAGUGCCACAGUGGCCAAUGCGAGAAAGGAAGUCCUUCAGAGCCCAGGAUAUCCCGCAGCCAAAGCCACAUUUGAAGUUGGAGGCCAAGCCCACAGCUGUGCCAGAGGUACCUUUGCCACCGUCAGACGGCAUUGAAGUUAUUGAAGAGGAGUACGACUACCCGGAGAAGGAUGCUGAUGCUGCAGAAGGCUGGAUUGACAUGAGAGGUGAAUUCCAGUCAUACUGA